GGCUGGGUUGGUGUGGCUGGAGGGUUGGUGGCGGUGGCUGUGUUGGGAAGAGCUCAGCAGCGUCGUGGCGGUGUACCGUUUGGUGCACGGGCCGUGUGGGAGCGGUCCUCGCCGCCCCGCAGUGUGUGCCUCCCAGUCGUCAGGGUCAGGGCUGCUGGAUUGUAUUCUCGUCCCCUUUUUGCCCACACUCCACCAGUGCUGUGUCCGUCACGGGAUUUGGACUUCGUCUAACCAGGCCCUCCGUCACUGUUCAAGUGCCGGGAUUUUGGCUUCCAGAAAAGUUGUGAUGUAGUCAGUGCUAUGUGUAUCCCUCCCAUCUCUGAAAAGAAUUGUUGCCUUAGGUCUGAGGUGGAUGUGACGCAGGUCCACAGAGACCUUACUUCGUAUCUUUCUGGGUCAACGUAACACCUAGAGUGCUCUGCUUGUGAACUUAACCAGGAAGUAAAUCAGUGAUUGUUACUCACAGGAAGUCAUACUGCUCCAGUUGUAAUCGACGAGCUGCAUCUCUCCUACUGUGAACGAAAUCCACCCUGGCUUUCAUCGGGUCAAAUGCUGAAAGCGGAGUACCGUACAAGGCAAUUCAUCCUGCACAGGGUUCUUUACUCCUCCCUCCAGACGGUAUCGUUGUCUGCCGCAGCCUGAGAGGCCCGACGAUUCGGCGACGGGAUGGUAGUGAAGCGGGUAGAGUACAGUGUUGAGCCAUGGAGCCAACACUCCGUAGUGUGUGUGUGUUGACUUAGUGGCGAGUGUAGAGUGCGACUAAUACGCUCUCAUUGUAAAGUGUUGCGUCCCUAUCUUGCAGGCUAUGAGGACUAACCACAAAAAGGCAACCAAAGAAUUUGUGGAAAAAGUGAAUGAGCUGCGCCGGUCCAGAAACGUGGGGCCUUUGUCAUGGAACACAGCAGUGAAGUUUCUUAUGGCCAGGAAGUUUGAUGUUCCUAGAGCCGUAAGUUUAUAUGAGCAGCACGAAGCCACAAGACACCGAGAGGGACUUGUGAACCUCAACCCCGCUUGUGACCCACUACUGACUGAACUGUCCACUGGAAAAUUUACCAUUCUUCCUGUGCGUGACGAGAGUGGUGCCGCUAUUGCCGUGUUCACUGCACGGCUGCAUGACCCCCGAGCCACCACACAGCAGACUACUCUGCAGGGAGUUGUGUACCAGCUGGAUGCCGCCUUGGAAUCCACAGAGACACAAAGAUGUGGCCUUGUCUUUAUAUAUGAUAUGACUGAAUCAGCUUACCAAAACUUUGAUUACCAGUUAUCACAAAAGAUUCUCACUUUAUUGAAGGGAGGCUAUCCUGCACGCCUCAAAAAGGUGCUCAUUGUGACAGCACCACUCUGGUUCCGUGCUCCCUUCAAGGUGCUGCGGUUGUUUGUGAGAGAGAAGCUUCGGGACCGAGUGUACACUGUCUCCUUGCCUGAGCUUAGUAACCAUAUCCCUGUAAAGUGUAUGCCAGUGGAGCUUGGUGGGAAUCUCACCACAGACCACAAAGCCUGGCUUAAAAAGUGCCAGACCUCCAUGACCAAUCGGGACCCCUCAACUGUGUGUGAGCCAGCACCACCCCCUACUCUCCACUCCGGACUCAGCCGGGUUGAGUCAAGUGACGACAACCCCAGCAUGGUGCCCUUUGGAGACCAGGAUCCAAGCAGCUCUGUAGAGCAGUGUGACUUCAGUGAAGAUGAAGUUAGUUGUUGUGAAAAAAGCUUCUCUCAUGAUAGUAAUGAUGAAGAUGACCUUGAAGAAAAUGUUGAAGCUCAGGAUGGCAGAUUAUCUGGCCUUAAUGGCACAGAAGUUGAGGAUUCAGCCAAUGAAGGCAAAAGGAAAGAAGAGGACACAACUCAUUCACUGAAGGGAGAGUGUUCCCCAGGACCAGAGAUUCAGGACACUACUCACCUCAAUGGCCAUGUUGUGCAUGAAUCUGGCAGAAUUAGUGGUCGAGGCUCCCCCCUGGCUCCACCCAGCAGUGGCAGUAGUGGGUUCAGCGACGAUGACAGCCUUCACUAUGAUGAUGGCCGAGGCCUUACCCUGGAGGAGUUUGUGCGGUACUUGAGGGACAAGGGGCGGCAAGGUCUCUAUCAUGACUACACACAAAUUAAGAGCCGUCCCCCUGAAGGAACCUUUGAAAAUUCCAGAAAAAGGUGCAAUCAGGUCAAAAAUCGAUAUACUGAUGUCCUGUGCUUUGACAGCACUCGAGUUGUGCUGGCAGCUGAGGAUGAAGAGGGACACACUGAUUAUAUUAAUGCAAACUAUGUUGAUGGAUAUAAACAAAAAAGGGCUUUCAUAUCUACCCAAGGUCCUCUGCCUGGAACAUUUGGGGACUUCUGGCGGAUGAUCUGGGAGCAACGGGUGUGCGUUGUAGUGAUGACAACGAGAGCAGUAGAACGUGGUCGCACCAAAUGUGGACAGUAUUGGCCACUGGAGCAGGACAGCAGUGUCUCCCAUUCACAUUUCACCAUUACCAACACUCACGUCUACAACUACCAUGACUACACCGUCACAGCGCUUACCAUUGUAGACACUGUGAGUGGAGAUGAGAGGAGAGUGGAACACAUGCAGUUCACAUCCUGGCCAGACUAUGGUGUGCCAGAUUCAGCCAUGGCCAUGCUAGAAUUUUUGGGAUAUGUACGAGAGUCUCAAGCUCGCUUGACAGCGGCAUAUGGGAGCUCUUGGACAGGUCAUCCUCUGGGACCACCAAUUGUAGUUCACUGUUCUGCUGGGAUAGGGAGAACAGGAACAUUUUGCACCCUUGAUAUAUGUAUACGACGCUUAGAAGAAACUGGUACCAUAGACGUGAAAGGGACAGUGGAGAAGAUCCGGUCCCAGCGAGCAUACUCCAUCCAGAUGCCUGAUCAAUAUGUCUUUUGUCACCUGGCUCUCCUGGAAUAUGCACUCCACAAUGGGAAAUUAGUGGAAGUUGAUCUCACAGGUUUUGAAGAAGAUGGAUCAGAAAGUGAUUAAUGAAAUUGCCAUCUGGGCUCCUAGAGGCAAGGUAGAAUGCAAUGGAAAAAAUUUUUGUCACAAAUAGCAGUCCAGAUGCCUUGCAGACUAUUGUUGUGUUCAAAGACUUUACUGGACCUUAUGUUCUGAGGCACACAGUGAACAGAUUUGUGAUUGUGCUAAUACUGAGGCAAAGAGAAAGAGUUGUGGUAAUGUGGAGGACAAAUUCUCAGUAGUAGUACACUUUGUCAUCCAGUGUGCUGAAGGCAGGGUACCUUACUUAGCCACCAGGUGCUGAUGAGUGUUGUUAUGUGAGUGCUAACUAUUGUGAAACAGAAAUAGAAUGUAUAAAAACAUGCACAUGGUUGAAAAUAUUUGUUUACUAUAUGCCUUCUCUUUCUGUGGAAUGGUGCACAUAUCUGAAGAAAAUUGUGUAAACUCCACACCAUAAAAAUUUUUUGCGAAAAUAUACAGUGUUCUCAUUAUUAUAAAUAUCAGUUCAACCUGAAACACAUUAUUUGCAUUGGCCCUUUUUGGUAUUUUACAACUAGGGACACAGUGACCACCAUUCCAGGAGGCCGAGGGCCAGCAGCCUCGGAGGCAGCCGGCGCUGCACCACAGUUGUGGACGAAGGUACAAAAUAUAAUUGUUUAGGUGCCAGUCAUUUUGAAAUCUCCAGUAUUUUUUCAAAAUUAGGGUAAUAUUUAUUCCAGUGAUAAUAUCAAAAAUAACUUUGUAUGUCUUACUUCUUCUUAUACUCAUGUAAGAGAUUCAUAUUACAUCAGGCAGAAUGGUACAUUAUAUAUUUUCACCAUUUUCUUCAUAAAAAUGCUUCAGAUUGAUUUCAUUCUGUCAAUGAUAUAUAAAAGGAUGACAAUACUAAAGUAUUAAUCAUGCAUAUCUAUAUUUCUGUAUAAUUAUAGUUUGAUGUUAUUGAUCCAAUUUUACUCUCAUGUUUUGUCAACUUGAAAUGGAAUCGUGUGAUAUUUUCAUUUGAAAAUGACAGUGGCUGAAUAAAAAAAAUGAUCA